CGGGAGCCCGGAACGUGGCGGUACCCAUGGCGCUGUGGCGCGGCUCCGCGUACGCGGGCUUUCUGGCGCUGGCGGUCGGCUGCGUCUUCCUGCUGGAGCCCGAGCUGCCGGGGUCGGCGCUGCGCUCGCUCUGGAGCUCGCUGCGACUGGGCCCGGCGCCGGCGGCCCUGGGACCCGCCUCCCCCGAGAGCCGGCUGGCGGCCGCCUGGGACGCGCUCAUCGUGCAGCCGGCCCGGCGCUGGCGCCGCGUGGCCGUGGGGGUCAACGCAUGCGUCGAUGUGGUGCUCUCGGGGGUGCGGCUCCUGCAGGCACUUGGUCUGAGCCCCGGGCCUGGCAGAGAUCACGCUGUCCUGCAUUCACGGAAUGAUCUGGAAGAAGCCUUCGUGCACUUCAUGGGGAGGGGAGCGGCUGCCGAGCGCUUCUUCAGCGACAAGGAGGCCUUUCAGGACAUCGCCCGGGUGGCCUCGGCGCUCCCGGCAGCCCAGCACUACGUCGGAGGGAAUGCCGCUCUAAUUGGACAGAAAUUUGCAGCCAACACAGAUUUAAAGGUCCUUCUCUGUGGUCCGGUUGGUCCCAAGCUGCAUGACCUUCUUGAUGACAAUGUGUUUGUCCCUCCAGAGUCACUGCAGGAAGUGGAUGAGUUCCACCUCAUCUUAGAGUAUCAAGCAGGGGAGGAGUGGGGCCAGUUAAAAGCCCCCCACGCCAACCGGUUCAUCUUCUCCCACGACCUGUCCAACGGGGCCAUGAACGCGCUGGAGGUGUUUGUGUCUAGCCUGGAGGAGUUCCAGCCCGACCUGGUGGUCCUCUCGGGACUGCACAUGAUGGAGGGACAGAGCACGGAGCUGCAGAGGAGGAGGCUCUUGGAGGUUGUCACCUCCAUUUCUGACAUCCCCACAGGGGUUCCCGUUCACCUGGAGCUGGCCAGUAUGACCAACAGGGAGCUGAUGAGCAGUAUCGUGCAUCAGCAGGUCUUGCCCGCGGUGGCCUCCCUUGGGCUGAAUGAGCAGGAGCUCUUGUUUCUCAGCCAGUCGGCCUCUGGGCCUCACUCAUCCCUCUCUUCCUGGAACGGUGUUCCUGAUGUGGGCAUGGUCAGUGACAUCCUCUUCUGGAUCUUGAAAGAACAUGGGAGGAGUGAAAGCAGAGCCUCGGACCUCACCCGGAUCCACUUCCACACGCUGGUCUACCACAUCCUGGCAACUGUGGACGGACACUGGGCCAACCAGCUGGCGGCCGUGGCCGCAGGAGCUCGCGUGGCGGCAACUCAGGCCUGUGCCACAGAAACCAUAGAUGCCAGUCGAGUGUCUUUGAGGGCGCCCCAAGAGUUCGUGACUUCCCGUUUGGAGGCAGGCUCCAGGAUUGUGUUAAACCCACGUGAGCCCAUCGUGGCGUGGCACAGGGAGGGGGUGUCCUUCCACUUCACGCCCGUGCUGGUCUGCAAAGACCCCGUCCGCACCGUGGGCCUGGGAGACGCCAUUUCAGCCGAAGGCCUCUUCUAUUCGGAGGUCCACCCCCGCUCCUAGGAGGUUCCUCCAGGGGGCUCUCAGGAAGGAGACCCGGCCGGGGGAGAAUUCCAGGAGGGAAGAGGUUUGGAAGACAGGACUGAGGGUGUCACAGCUUCUAGACCUGACGGGAAGACAGCCACAGAAACAACAGGUGAAACUGUGCCGCACACAUUCCAGCCUGGGGGCGAGCCCACGGGGACUCUUCAGGUUUGCAUCAAAACGCAGCUAGCCCUAAGGGGACUGGACCUGUGGUGUUUGUGUUGUGUGUGGCGGGGAAAGCCCUCCCCAGGCCCAGAGCCCCGGCUUAUGCAGCAUCCUCGAGCACUUCCAGCCCAGCUGCUUCCCCAGGGAGCGUGUCCCCUCCUCACCUGCCUCGGGUCACGGCUCCAACCCAGCGUUCUGAGCACAGACCCGAGCACACCCCUCAGGCUCCUGCUCAGCCUGGGCCAGAGCCGCAGGGCAGGACAGGCUUCCUGGGUGUCACAGUGGCACACAGGCCGGCAGCCGGGGGCCUCAGCCCAGCGCUUGGCUCUGCCGUGCUUUCCGCAGCAGCAGAUGAGUUCUGUUCCUCCUGAGCCUUGGAGGAAUUUGCUUUUACAACUGGAAUGUGCUUCUCCAUGUCUAACAGAUCAUGUGCGUAAUAGAUCAUUGUGUGUUAUGUUUUCAUCAACACAGCCAUGAAAGAGCUGGACCUCGUAAGAGCCCCAGGAUCAUGAAUAAACGUGUCUGUUAAUAUUUAUUUUUUUUAAUCAAGAUUCUGUGUGCUUCUAAAACUAUUAAAAACAACUUAUAUUUCAUGAA